AUGCAGCCCGCGGGACUUGGUGGGGUUCUCACGGGCCGAAAAGUGAAAAGAGACCCUGCUAUAACUGACCAAUCGAAUCCAAAGAGCGGAAGUAACGAUAACGAUGGAGUAAAGUCUGAACUCACAAAGUUGUUUCUUGAGCUACGACUCGUUAGAAAAAGAAAUCAAAAUGGUUGGGCGAGGAGGUGGAGCGCGUUGACGAGGGCGAGGGCGAGGUUCCAGAAGAGGCGAUCGGCGGCGCAGAGGGCGGCCCAGGCGGAGAGCGCGGCCCCCGCCCCCGCGCACAGCCGCAGCAGCAGCAGCCCUGCGGCCGACCCCGCCGGCGCCGCAUGCCCCACCAGCAGCAGGGCGCACGCCGCGGUCUGGUACGGCUCCCAGCUGGCCGCGCAGCUCACGUUGGCACCCCCGGGCCCCUCUAGGCUGAUCGUCAUCCGAACAUCACCUGCAACACAGACCGCCAUCAACAUCAACACAACAAGGAUAGUUGUUGUUUGUCAAGUUUGCCGGCUUGGGUCAGCAGCAAAGCAAUCGUGUUGA